AUGGCAUCAUAUCGCACGGCACGUGCAAAAUCGCUAGUGAAACGUGAAACUCCACACUGCAACCCCGACGGAACCUUCCAACAGAUACAGUGCGACGAAGACGAAAGAAGAUCAGAAUGUUUCACUCGUUGGGUACGUUCAUUACCGUUUCAACAUUACAUAAAUACUUGUUUAAGGCAAUGUUGGUGUGUUGAUAUAAACUCAGGCGAAGAAGUACAUGGAACGCGGACUUCAAGCAUUUCAGAGCAUCCGGACUGCAACGGUUUGUUUCUUGAAAUACUCAUUUCAGCGCAUCGCUUCUCUCCGAAGGAAUGUCGAACGCGUUGUGCCUCAUCGAAAUGUACUCACGGUGUACGGCUGAACCGGAACGGAUGCCCAUUGAACGAUAGGUGUGAAUGUAAAAACCCUUGUGAGGAUAUGAAGUGCUCAGUUCCAAGUGAUAUUUGUGUGCUGAAAAAGGUCGAAUGCCUUACACAACCCUGUCCAGCAGUACCAAUCUGUAUUCGAAAUCCUUGUGCGGGAGGCUUGCGAGCAUUGAACAAUACGCAAGGUAACACCCUAAUGUGUGCAAAUGAUCAGGAUUGUGUGAGCGGCAAGUGCUCAUUGCUAGAGGAGCUCAACAAUAUCGGUGUUUGUUGUCCGUUAGGUAUCAGUUGCUCGAACUGCUUCAUAGCUUUAUCAUAUUUGCUAUUUUCAAGGCAUACAUCAACUUUAUACUGCAAAGGAAUUUUUUCGUAUCGUGUUCUUUAUCGUUCACUUCCUGAAUCGUUUAUGGGCAUAUUUCAUGGAACAGUAAAGUACGGUGAAUGUCCAAUGCAUCUGAGGCAUCGCUACAAGGAUUCCCUAUCGACAGGCUUUUUAACAUGGAAUGAGGCUAUUCGGCACCUUCGUUUUGUCGCCGUCUUCUGGGCGACGGCAGUGUUGGCGCCGGUCGGUGCCGCUAACAAAUGUAGGCCCCUUAAGAGUACUCCUAGUUUCGGCGCGGUUACAGUAAGGAACCUAAACGGCUACGCAGAACGGUCGGCGCCAGAAUGGCGACAUCGAAACGACGAGACUAAAACGUCCUUUCCAAAGCUUCGAAAUUGA